AUGCGCCCAUCCGGCGCAUCAGUUCAUCGUCCAUAUCCCAGCCAGCCAUCGCCCGUUAUUCCCUCUGUGGCCGCAGUUGGCCUGGCAGCGUUAGCAGUGGUCCAUAGCGAUCCCCAUCUGAUGCAGCUUGCAAGGCAGAAAUAUUCAUCGGCUCUCAGGAUUCUUGUACGUGCUAUAAGUCAUCCCGAUGAGCUGCGCCAAGGGAGAACGGCAUUGAGCAGCUUUAACUUGUCCAUGUUUGAAAUGAUUGUCUAUGAUAACUUCCAUCCCGCAUCUCACGGCUGGCUACGCCACAUGCAUGGCACAACCGCCUUGUUACGCUCCCUGGAAUUAACAGAGGGCGCACCGACAGUGGAGAUAAGAACGCUUCUGCAGAUUGCCUACACGGCGUACGGCGGAAACACGAAAGGCGGCGAGCUCCUAUUACCCCUAACAGACCUCUUCACCAUUCUAUGCAAACUGGUGAACCUCCACCGCGCAACGUUCUGCACGAAUGACACAGUCCGGAAUCACCAGUUCAUCAACACCGCCUUGAAUACAUACCAAGAUCUAGAAUCAUGGAUCACCAGUAUUCCCGUAUGGUGGAUAGAUCCCAUUCGAACUGGCCAGGCACCCCGUAUUGAUGACGAAUGCUGGAUCAUGCGGGUGUGGGUUUACUACCGGCUGUGUCGGAUUUUAGCGCAUAAGGCGAUACUGGACAACAUGGACAUUCUAUACUCCAGUAGAAGUAGAUCACAGCAGCAUCAGUAUGAGGAGUCCCUGACCGUCGUUUCGCAGGCCUCGCAGGAAUUGUAUACCGGUGUUCCAGCCUUGUUAGGAGCUUCACAUAUUGCCAAUCGGUCGACCCCUGGAUUGACAUCGAAUGUGUUUUUCCUUAUCACCGUUUUGCAAGCAAUGGGCAGUUUAACCGCGAAGAAAAAGGUAGUUGAGAAUUGGUCGCAGAGUGCCAGGGCAUAUGGGAAAGAUUUUGAGGUAGUUCAGAAUCUGAUUCUGAGUCGUCUUAAUUAG